UCUAUAUGAAGGCCCCCUAUAUAUACCACUCGUUGCAUCUCAUAAAAACACAAUUCUCUACCAACUCUCCUCCAAAGCUCUCUUUUAUCAAUUCUCAACUACAAAAACUCACAAUCAAAAAAUAUCUGCACGUGAAUAUACAAAGAAAUGGAUCAAAAUUUGCCAAUCAUAGCAAAAAAGUUCUGGAAAAUAGUCCGAGUGGCUUACUUCAUGUUGAGAAAAGGGCUAUCAAAAAGAAAACUAAUGUUUGAUCUCAACAUAUUUAUGAAACGUGGCAAAAUUGCUAGCAAAGCCGCCAUUCAAAAUCUCAUGUUCCAGGGCCAUUAUACCCAAGGCCACCAAUCAUCUUCCAAAGAGUACUAUGAGUUCAGCUGCAGUAACAGCCCUGCUUUCCACCUCCCUUUCAACUUCAACAAACGCAAUAAGCAUACUCACCAUGCACCUGCCAUUGAACACGACGACGUUGUAAUGAUGAACUCUGCCGUAUUGAAGGCAUUGGAAAUGCUUCAGAGCGAAACAGCGUCACCUGCUUUGCCUGGAUUCGGGAGAACUCCAACAGUGAGGCAAUUAAGGGUAAUUGACUCGCCUUUUCCUCUAAGAGAUGCUGACUGUGACAUUAGCCACGUAGAUGAGAAAGCUGAUGAAUUCAUUUCUCGCUUCUACAGAGAUUUAAGAAGAGAAGCCUCUGCUUUUGCUUAAUGUUUUUUUAAGCUUCAGUUGGCAAUUUUCCUUUAAGAAUCCAUGCAUGUUCUAGCGCAUUAGUAAUAUAGAAAGAGCUUAUUGCAGAUUGGGAACUGUGAAUACUGCAAAUUAAUAUGUGGUUUCCACUCUGUCUUCGGGAGUUUUUUUUCUUUGUAUUCGGGAAAUUUUUGCAAGAAAUAGAUGGAAAAAAGUUUUAUACUACUUGUUCAAGGCUGGAGUCCUUUAAUUUUGCAUCCACAAAUUCCGUGGAGUUUGGUCUUCUCUCUUAA